GCUCUUGCACCAGUCAAAUCCCUUGUUGACUGCGUCCCUUCUCUCUCUCCUUCCUUCUCUCUCUCUAAAAGUAUCACCCUACCCUUUUUGUGUAUUCAAGUCUCACCUCUCUUCUAUAAAUUCCCUUCACCUCUAUUUGCCCACUCACUCCAACCCAGUCGGUGGUCAUAACACAAACAUAUUCUCCUAUAUUGAUUAUUGAGAUCAUCAAGAAUGGCUAUGAAGGAAAAGGUUAAAGCAAAGAGUAGUGGAGUUAAGGAGGUGCAUUACAGAGGAGUGAGAAAGAGGCCAUGGGGGCGAUACGCCGCCGAGAUCAGAGAUCCCGGAAGGAAGAGCCGGGUCUGGUUGGGGACCUUCGACACGGCCGAAGAGGCGGCGAGAGCCUACGACGCCGCCGCCAGGGAAUUCCGAGGCACCAAAGCCAAGACCAACUUCCCUCUGGCUUCGGAGGUAGUCGCAGCAGACAAGAGUCCGAGCCAGAGCAGCACGGUGGAGUCUUCGAGCGGAGAUGGGAUUUCUCACGCGCCGCCUGAACUGGACCUCACGCGCCGCCUUGGUGAAGGUGGCGGUGGCUGUGGCAAUGGGUGUGUUUCUUUUUAUCCGAUCUAUCACCACCUGCCGAGUCUAGCAGUUGUACCCCACGCGCAACCUGUGAGGUUCUACGAAGGGCUUGUACGGCUAGGGGCGGCGGAGCAGAAACAGGCGUUCCGGUUUGAAACGGCGGUUACUGAUUUCAAUGGCGGGGUACAGAGUGAGUCGGACUCGUCCUCUGAAGUUGAUUGUAACCAAUUUGCUAAUAGUCGUACAAAAAGAGUUCUCCAUCUUGAUCUUAACCUGCCCCCACCUAUGGAAGCUUAAUGAAAUUGAUGAGAGAGAGAGGAUUAACAGUUGAUAUGCACAUAUGUUGAAGGACCUUUAUUUUUGCAACCAAUAACUAUAAUUUCUUCUUGAGGUUGUUAAGCUGGAGAGGAUCUUGUCCACUGUAUUUUCUCAACUCAUUAAUGAUUAGUAUCUCAAUUCAAUUGAUACAAAUUAAA